AUGAACGAGUCGGAAACUCCGGACGAGCCCCCGGAGCCGUCGUUCGCCCCAUGGGACGAUCCCGACUACCCGUGGGACGAACGCCCGCUCCCUCCUCCCGAGCGUCAGCUGCCUCCUUCGCAGAACAUAAGCAAGAAUGACAACAACCCCACUGUGGUCGAGCUCGUGUUCGCGCUGAAGAAGUGGGAGGUGGUCGCGCACGACGGCAAGGAGACGUUCAAGAUAAUCGCGAACAUAGAGAUGUACUGGACCGACGACCGCAUGAUCGGGUUCCCGACCCACCACAAACCCAUGCCGGAGAACAUCUGGCGACCGCGGUUGAACGGAUGCGCGGGAUUCGACCUCGGCAAGGCGGAGAACUACGAGCAGCUUCCCAGGUUCUACGGUUACGACUCGACGCAGGAACACAAACCCUCGGACGGACGGAUGGCGCAGACGUUUCCAGUCAACCUAAAGGACGGGUUCGACAUCUCGGCGGACAUGGAACGGUUCAAGAGCUUUCCUUUCGACAGCACGCGCGUGGACCUGUCCAUCGUGUUUUUCGGCGUGAAACGGCCCGAGUGGGACAAGGACGUGCGACUGUCGCUGAGACGACCGAACAACGAAUCCUGCGUCAAAAAGUACGCGAGUCAGUACCAGCACAUAGACUUCGACGGUGCGUCGACCCACUCCAACGAUUACGAACUCGCCGGCAUCUCCGUCGCGAUCGGGCAGAACCCGUCGACGACGAGGUUUAAGAACGACCCGAGGUUCUGGGACGGCGACAUGACGCCUUGCUACUUCAUCUCGUUCCACAUAAAGCGCUCCUCCACGUUUUACGUCCACAACGGCAUCCAGCCCAUGUACACCAUCGCGUUCUUCGGGUUCACGGGAUACGCCCUGGAGCCCAGCGACCUGGCGAACCGAGCCGCCCUGUGCGCCGUGCUGUUCCUUUCAAUCUACGCGGUUCAGUGGACCACGGUUGGUCACAUCCCGCGGUUGCCGUUCAAGACGGUGAUGGACUACGUCUCCGAGAGCGUCUCCUCGGUGCUGAUGCUCAUCCUGGUGGGCGAUUGCGUGGCGUAUCACGUCGCCAGGCCGAGACGGAACUGUUUGGCGACGGCGGCGGACGAAGCGGAGUGCGCGUUCGACGAUGAAGCCGCGGACCGGGUCGAUCUUGUAUGGGGUUUGUUGGUGCUCGUGUACGUGUUGUUCUACGCCGUGGGGUACCGGACCGUCUAUGCCGCGUACCGGUCGCUGAGGCAGAACGGGCACUCACGGCCGUGGGUCAAGGGGAGCUACCUGCGGAACAAGUGGCGGCCGACGUCGGAGGCGUACCACCUCAAGAUGGACGAGGAGUACUGCAGGCGAUGGGGGAAAAAGUACCUCGGACAGGGGCAGCGAGUGAACGACGCGGAGGUUUGGUAA